AUGUCGUUUCAUUUGAAGAUUAUGGAGUAUUAUGAGAAGGUUAAACAGAUUGUACAGCAGAAGAAAAUUCAAAUGUCCAACCUAAUGAACCAGGCUAGGAUGCAGGCGGCUCAGAUGGAUGGACUUGUACUGCAGGGUUUUUACCAGCUCCUGGAAUCCAAAGUGACCAUCCAUUGCUGCAAACAGGAUGUGGUCACAGUGCAGGCUGCUGUGCAGAAAAUCAUUCCCAUCUACAAGGCAGCAGUGAAGGACAAUCUUGAAGUGCGCAUUGACCAGGAGACCUUCCUCUCUUCAGAAGUCUCUGGUGGUAUUGAGCUGUAUAAUGUUGAUGGGAAGAUCAAAGUGUCCAACACUUGUACUUGUAUUUUUAUUCUGAUGUCACUGCUUGAUCUGGGCCACAUGAUCACUGGACUGAUCUGGGCCACACUGCUCCCACCAACAAUCGGCCCUCAUAUUGUUUGCCGUGAUCCACGCCGUGCCAUCAUUGCCACACAUGGCCCAGCUCUGGCUGAAUGGGUACAUGCCAUUGCCGACAGGAGGCCAGCAGUGCCAUCUUGA